GAACAGGGCUGGAGCAUCGUGCAGGAUCCGGAGCAGUGCGCCAGGGCUGCCAACGCCUUGGGCCUAAGGUGCUUGGCCAAGGAGGCCAACACUCCACGAUGCAGGAGCAAGCCUUCGUCGGACCCGACCCUCCCGGCAGGUUGCUACGGAGACACGUUCCUAGAGUUCAACCCCUACCUGGAGAGCAACGAGUCUUUCGUUGGCCAGACAAGCAGCUUGGGCUACGUCUGCGUCCGAGUCCUGGAAAGCGAGGAGUACGACGUUCCGCGCGUGUGUGCUGACGGCCAGCUGCAGGCCGGGGGCCCUUUCCUCUUCCAGAGGAAGAUGGGAAGGACCGACGCAGCUGAGAUGUCAUGUGCUGCAGCCUGCUUUGCCAGCGGGGGUGUGGCUUUUGACAUCGCCUUCGCCAACACCCGCGACAGCUGUCGCUGCGUCGGCUCUGUGGGCGCACAGAACCCGUCGGACGAUCCGGGCAGAGGUAAGAAGCGGCGCUACUGUGCUAGGCCCGCACCUUCUGCAAGCUGCGCGGCUGGAGAGGCUCCAAAUGUGGCCGCGGAAGAUCUUCUCUUCGAAACGAGCUGGACCGACGAGAAGCUCUGUGCGGGAGCUUGCCAUGCUGCAGCGUCGGACCCAAGCCUCGUGGCCUUCCAGGUAGAUUCAGAGGAGAGUGAAAGCUCAUGCAGAUGCUUCUACAAGAAUCAGGCUCCAGUCGUGGAGCAUCCGACCAGGCAGUACUGCUCCUUCCCAGAAGCUCAGAGAGUGUCGCUACUGCAGAUCGAGAACGAGAACAUGGCCACAACAAGGAGUCUGGACCAGCAGACGCAGCAGCAAGACAUCCCACGUGCCUGCUCCCCAGGGCAGACGCAGCCUUAUGGCCCUUACCUCUUUCGCCGCGAGUUGAACAACGAGAAAGAGUGCGCGGAGGCAUGCUUCACAGCCGGUGGCGUAGCCUUCGACUACACCUUGAAGCUGAAAGACGACAGCUGCCGCUGCGUGGGCUUGGAGGGCGCCGAGAACCCGCGCAGCAACACGGGCGGGGACAAAAGGAUCUACUGUGCAAAGCCUCAGGGGAGCUCCUGUCGGCUUGGGGAGGUGCCGGAAAGCCCCGAGACGGUUCUGUUUGUGGCCAAGUUUCCCGACGAAGCAGCCUGCGGCGCGUUCUGCUGGGCCGCCGGAGGCAUCGCCUCGCAGACGGGACGCGUGGUCUUCGACUACACCACUCAAGUCCGAAAAGACAGCUGCCGCUGCGUGGUGCCGGGGCAAGCGCUGACAAGACGGCCGGGAGGUGGAAGACGCAUGCUUUGCAGGUUCAAUGACGUGUUGUCGCCAUUUUGCGGCGCGACUGGCUGCAGUGUGGGCUACGACGGUGAUUUCAUGCAGUUCAACCGUGGAUCAGAUGUCUCGUUCCAACCGCGCUUCUUCCUGCGGGCGCCGCCGGGACUCAGCAAGGACGGCACCUGCGUCUACUUCGGAGACAGAGUUGUCAUCGCGGCAUCUGCAGAUCCAGCCGAGACGGACUGCGGCUGGUAUGG